UGAGUGAUGUAAUGUAUAAUGAUAGUCGCUAUUAAACAGAACUGUUAUAUAAGGGACAUGAAUAAGAAAAAAAAAACAUACCGGUAAAGUUUACCAAUGCGCAUGCGCGUGAGCAAACGACCCAUGCGUAAGCUGCCAUAAAAGCUGGCGGACGGGCCCGUGGAGUUAGUGACGUCUGGUCUGCUGAAUCAGCAGGUUGUGUCUAGGUGUGGCGCGUACCUCUGUCUAGUGUAUAUUCAUAUACAAACGAAUUAUCCCUUAUGGAAUCUCUGUUGCAAGUACUAUCAUGAACUAUUAUAUAUAGAAUCUAAAGGUAGCGUGACGAUAACAUUUAAAGGUAAUCUGCAACUUUUAAAAUCAUUUAACAGGACUCAUACUCUCUUAUACGGAGGAAAAGUUUUCUUUAAAUCAUAAUUUCGUUAAUGGAAGGGUCACAUCAGAACACCGGAUUCGAGAGCGAAAUAACGGGUCGUUAUUUCAUUACCUGGCCUCAGCAGGGGACCGAGAGCGUGCAACAUCGUCCGAAACGCUGAUAGCUUGUUGUAGCAAGGACUUGCAACAUCCAGGGAACGUUUGCCAGGACUAUAGAUGCUUGAGUAUUAAAUGUGAGGACUCAGUAACUCUGGUCGAGUGGUGGUAUUCAGAAUAAUUCUCAAGUAUUUGUGAAGGCCAACAGCAUCCCAGGAGGAGCAAUUCCGAGAAUCAAGAAGACAAAGACGGAAUAAUUAAAUAUAAAUAAUAUUUGCAAAAAACAGUGGUUCCUUCCUAAGAUAUUGCCAAAGUCAAAAUCCUUUUGCGGAACAUCUCUGACGCUCCAAACGUGAAGAACACCUGCGAGGAGCCGGUGCCUCAGCGAACGAAGCAAUGAAGAUGAGGAGUGUCUUAAGGUUCCGGCCCGAAGACCAGGCCCCCGCCGGUACACGUGCCGGGAAAGCAGUGUGACUCACUCAUGACUCACGCCGCGACUUUUAACGCAGAAAAGAGAUUUAUUCACCCACUCCUUCUGUCUAUCGUGCGAGGCGUUUCGCAGGAUAAUACAACAACUCUUGGGAACUGACAACGUGAAAGAUGAACCAAGAACGGUGCCAGGAUCGGCGGCGGAGGUUCUCCGUGAACCGCGUGGACACCGAGGAACAGCGGCAUGAUGCGGAGGACCCGCCCACGCCUCCGUCAGGUCUGGCGAACGAGCAAUGUGGCUCUCCGAACUCGCUACAUUCAGAGAGCGAUUCCUUGACGUCUCCCACGGGGGUGAGUGUCACUAUGAGUGGCACUUUCAGGUCGCUGCGGCACCUGACCCGAGAGGCACUGCCCCGCCUCGACCACUAUCGGAAUCUGGCCAGCAUCGUCAGAGCUCCGGGCGGGGGGCAGAGGCCCACGCUGGACGACCUUCACCAACCUCCAGGCGAUAAGGUAUUGAGAAGGGUGCCAGGGAGGGGACGAGGCACCAUAAUGGAAAGCGAGGGCGGGGAAAAGUUCGGCUGGCUCAAGGGCGUGCUCGUGCGCUGUCUGCUUAACAUCUGGGGCGUCAUCCUCUUCCUGCGUCUGCCUUGGGUCACGGGCCAGGCCGGCAUACUGGACGGCCUGCUGAUCGUGACCUGCGGGAACGUGGUGACCGUCAUCUCCUCGCUCUCCAUGUCCGCCAUCUCCACCAACGGCCAGAUUAAGGGAGGCGGAACGUACUACAUGAUCAGCCGCUCGCUGGGACCCGAAUUCGGCGGCGCCAUCGGCCUCAUCUUCUCCGUCGCCAACGCCAUCGCCGCCUCCAUGUACAUCGUGGGCUUCUGCGAGUCCAUCAACGACCUCCUGGCCUCCUUCCACGUCAAAAUCGUCGACGGCGGAGUGAACGACGUCCGGGUGGUCGGCACCGUCACCCUCGUCGUCCUCUUCGCUAUCUGCGUCAUCGGCAUGGAGUGGGAAGCCAGGGCCCAACUGGUGCUUCUAGUGGUGCUGCUGGUCGCCAUUGUCGACUUUGUGAUCGGAGCCAUCGUGGGGCCUCUCGACGACGAAGAGCUGGCCAAGGGCUUCACCGGUUUCAACAGCUCCGUGCUCGUCGGCAACCUGUAUUCAGACUACAGACAAGACGCCCUCGAUCCUUCAGGCAAAUCCCACGACUUCUUCAGCGUCUUCAGCGUCUUCUUCCCCGCCUGCACCGGCAUACUUGCAGGAGCCAACAUAUCCGGGGACCUCAAGGACCCCUCGGCAGCCAUCCCCAAGGGCACGCUGCUGGCCGUCGUCGUCACCUACGCCUCCUACCUGUUCCUGAUUGUGGUGUCGGGGGCCGUGAUGCUGAGGGACGCCACGGGCAACGUCACGCAGGCAGCCGACUGGUCCUUCGCCGAGUGCCAGAACACCACCUGCGAGUACGGCCUGCACAACAGCUCGCAGGUAAUGGAGCUCGUGGCGGUGGUCGGCCCCCUCAUAUACGCCGGAUGCUUCGCUGCCACGCUUUCAUCUGCUCUGGCAUCGAUCGUGUCAGCUCCCAAGGUCUUCCAGGCUCUCUGCAAGGACAAGCUGUACCCGUACAUCGAGUUCUUCGCCCGCGGCUACGGCAAGAACGACGAGCCGUACAGGGGCUACGUGCUCACCUUCUUCAUCGUCCUCGUCUUCACCCUCAUCGCCCGACUAGACGCCAUCGCCCCCAUCAUCACCAACUUCUUCCUGGCCGCCUACGCCCUCAUCAACUUCUCCACCUUCCACGCCUCCCUGCAGCGCAUUCCUGGGUGGAGGCCGACGUUCAAGUACUACAACCUGUGGCUGAGUCUGUUGGGCGGCGUCAUGUGCACGGCCAUCAUGUUCCUGAUUCAGUGGUGGACGGGGCUGCUCACUGUGGCCAUCAUUAUCAUCCUGUAUCUCGUCGUGGCACACAGGAAACCGGAAGUCAACUGGGGAUCGUCAACCCAGGCUCAGACGUACACCCUCGCCCUGAACUCCGUGGCUUCCCUGGGCCAAGUGGAGGAGCACGUGAAGACCUACCGACCUCAGAUUCUGGUGCUGUGUGGGGCGCCGUCGGCCAGACCUCCUCUCCUGCACUUCGCCAACUCCAUCACCAAAAACAUGUCUUUGCUCAUCGCCGGGCACUGCCUCAAGGAGCAACAGCCCCACCGAGUGCGCACCCGCUUGACGGCUGAGGCGACGAAGUGGCUGGUCCGAGGGAAGAUCCGGGCGUUCUACACCCUGGCCGACGGUCCCUCCCAAGAGCAGGCGGCGAGGAACCUCAUGUGCAACGUCGGCCUCGGGAAGCUGCGCCCGAACACCGUCCUCAUGGGCUACAAGGCCAACUGGCAGACGUGUCCACAGGAGGAACUUCAGAGCUACUUCAAGACUAUCCACUACGCCUUCGACCUGCACCUCGCCGUUGGCAUCCUGCGCGUGGACGGGGGCCUCGACUACUCCAACCUGACGGAGGUUAGCGAGGAGGAGGAGAAGACCCUCGCUGCCUCGACCUCCUAUCCUGCCGCCUCCAACAACGCCCCCUCGACCUCCGCGCCCCAACACCCCGAAGGCGGAGAAGUGAGCCUCCACCCCGCCCACCUGCACGAGAAGGAGACGCAGAUCAGUCCCUCCGCCACCUCCGGCCACCUCACUUCGGUGCCCAGCUACCCGUCGUCGCCCGCUGAGGAGAGGCUUCCUUCGGACACCAUCCUCGGCGUCCUGAAGCUCGCCAAGAAGAAGAAGAGUCCUACGUACAAAGGUCUUAGCGGGGAGGUCGUGGCGCCCCAGGUGGUGGACUCCAUGCUUCGGUUCACGCGCAAGCAGCCCCAGGGAACCAUCGACGUGUGGUGGCUGUAUGACGAUGGCGGCCUGACUAUGUUAAUUCCAUACAUCUUGACAACUCGUUCCACCUGGUCCUCGUGUAAACUACGGGUAUUCUGCCUCGCAAACAAAAAGGACGAUCUGGCUUCAGAACACCGGCGGAUGGCUGAGUUAUUAUGUAAAUUCAGGAUCGAUUUCACCGACGUCGUGAUGAUCCCGGAUGUCCAGCGCAAGCCACGGGAGGACUCCUUAAAGGACUUCCAAAACCUUAUCAGCAAUUUCUUGAUAGAUCCUGACGAAGAGACCCCGGAGCCGGCCCAGGGCAUCACCGAGACGGAGCUUCUGGCGCUGAAGGACAAGACCAACCGACACAUCCGCCUUCGGGAGCUCCUGCUGGAACACUCCGGCGAGGCCUCGUUUAUAGUCAUGACGCUCCCGAUGCCUGUCGUAGGAACAGUGUCGGCGUGGCUGUACAUGGCCUGGCUGGAGACGCUGACCCGCCAGAUGCCGCCCUUCCUCCUGCUGAGGGGCAACCAGUCCUCGGUGCUCACCUUCUACUCCUGAGAGGGAUCUACGUUUAUGUGCAUGGAUAUUCGUGUGUGCGUG